ACGUAUUCAGUUAGUUGAUAACAAUAUGGCAACUUGGAUAACGCAACUUGGAAUGCAACAAUUCCGCGUGAUUAUGCAUUUGUGCAAAAGCUGAUUGCAUUCAUUUUUUUUAAAUUUGACUGCCUGAAAAUUAAGAAAGGUAAAGUGUAAAAAAAAGAUGCAGAAACAUCAGCACCUAGAGCCACACGCAAGAAAGAUGAAACGAAUCCAUGUAAUAGGUAUCAUUGCUAUGGUAGCUGGACGAUUGCAACGCAGAGUUCUAUGAUGUAAUCAUUACAGAAUUAUUGUACGCCAAAUGUCCCAGACGUGUCUCUCUGCCAUCUCAAAUUGUAUUUGUCAGAAAUUAUUUCCUACCUUGAUCAAAGUCGCUUCCCAGUCUGUUCUGAUUGAACAAAAAAUUGUUGUCAUGUGACGUGCUUGGAAAGUGGGGCGGAGUACAUGAAAUAUAGUUCCGCGAGAAAACUUAGAUCGAAAUUGCCUUAGUGUGCACAACUGUACAACUUCGCUUGCUGAACCUAGAUAGGUUUCUCUGCAAUAUAUAGUUGUGUUUAUAUUGGCAAAUUUGGUAAGAAAAUGUGCUUUACGCAUCCGAAAGUUUUCCAAAAACUUGCCAAAUUGAAUAUUUUUCACUCGCAAAAUUAUUUUUGAAUUGCUAAUUGUUCACCUACAUUUAAGUGUGCAGGCAUGACCGAGAUGGUCAUGGUGGUUGAGCUUGCAUACUUGUUAGUUGUUCCUUAUUAAGCGCGCCAAUUACUAAAGAUGAAGAUGAAUGUGAGAACGUCUGCCGCAAUGUAAUCUUGCCUAACGGGCAACAUUUCAUGCGGGCCGCAUUUUAUCAUAGCCCCAGUAAAGCCCUUCUCCGUUGGGUUCUUUGUCCCAUCAGUUAUACAUAAACUGCCCGUUACUACUUGGAGCUGACUUUAACAUGUCACAUGUUCGAUGGAUUCGCAACCACCCUGUUUCGCCAUCUCGGUCUGCCCUAUCCAUGGAAUUUCACCCUUGAGCGGGAACGAUUGGGCAUUUAGAGUCUGUUGAUUUCCCAACCAGACGAUCCGGUGAUUCUAACUGGUCACUCAACAGGACCUUUUCGAAUUCGGACAGAGUUGUACAUUCUGUUUUUCCGAUGCCUAGGAUCAGCGACCAUGAUGUUGUACUUGCCAAAAUUGUGUGCAGUAGGCCUUGUCCACCUUAUCAAGACGGAAGAAAGUUUAUGAGAAGGCCAAUUUUGGUUUGAUGGCCAAUGCUCUUGAAGACUAUUAUGACGAAUUUCUGGAUCUGAGUAGAACUUGCAAUAUCGAGGAGUUGUCGAAAAUUUUUACGAGUAAGCUUCUUGAUCUUGUUCACCAACGCGUACGACCAAAGCGUCUACCCACUAAACAGAGACGAAACAAACCGUGGUUCACCAAAGAAAUUAAUAAUCAAAGGUGUCGCCCUUUUCCCCAUCUAUACAAAUCAUAGCACAUCACGUUAUAUCAUGACAUUGAUGAACUAGGCAAGAUAAUUAAGUCAACGAUAAAGUGUGCUAAAUUAUUUUUUGAGCCGUUGGUUGGUGUGUGGUGUGAAAGCUAGCAUCUGAUCAUCAACUUGUGACUUCCAGGCAGUCAUUACUUUCUGCAUCUAUACCUGCUAUGGAGCUGGUGAGGGAGUUCGGAGAUCCCCAUGUGCUGUUUCUUGCCGAAGAUCAUGUCGUCCUCAAACUGCACACUGCUUGGCCGAGGGACGUGGCAGUCCCAGAAGGACUCUCGCUCGCCGACGACAACCGUCGCCUCCUGAUCGCGAACCAGAGAUCCUUGGUUUCUGCAGCGAAGAGCGGGUUUCCACGCGAGGCGAGGAUAUUGAAGGCCCUGUUUUGCGGUUGCGCGUCCUUCGACUCUGCGGACCGCUACGCCAGCGCAGCUAGCAAGCUGCUCCGAGACACCCAUGAGAUAUGCAUCGUGCACAACAGGGACAAGGUGUACAAGCUGGUACGCAUGUUCCCGAACGUGAGAGCGCUGGCUCUGCUACACGACUGUUGCGAGCACGGAUUAGAAUUUGACGAGCCGCUCACGGACCCCUCUGUACCGCUGGUGGAGCGAAGUCAGCUGAGACAGCUGGUCGGCAGCGCGGGCUGCAUAUACGACGGGUACCUUAUUAUGACUCGCGCGACCACGCUGGCACUCCUUCACACCUGCCCUGACGUGCGCCGCAUCGACAGCCAAUGGGUCGCGCAUUGCAUCAUGGGGCCGCACAGCGUGGCCACCUCGAAGCGACUCCCAAAAGCCAAGGAUUUCAGCCACCUCUGGGUGUUCUCUUUGGAUGAAAAGUCAAGCAGAUGCCUACCGAUGGCUACUGACGUGGCACUUGCUGCGAAAAAAUUUCCCUCCGUCGAAAUGUUGCAGGUGUCUGUGGGCACGCUGAAAGCGCUCGCCGAUCUCUCAGCGUUUGGCAACCUCCGCCGUCUCAAGCUGGGAUUAUAUCCGUUCUUUGGCUUCACCGAUGUGGAUCCGGUACUCAAGCAGCUGCUCACAAGGUGGCCGCGGCUCGAAGAAUUGGCCCUGAAGAAUUGCGGCGGUGUGCGGCUCUCCACAAUCGCGAAACUGUGUCCGAUGAUCAGGGUCCUGAAGCUAAGAGGCGGCGUAGGAUCCAUCGAGGACAUUCCAGUGGACGCCCACGCAUUCCCUAAUCUGGAAUGUGUCGAGAUUAGUAUGAAGCUCCUGAGGCGCACGUCCUACCCAUUCUUGUCUGCCAUCCGGGACACGCUACGUACCGCGAGCUUCGGUGACGACGAAAUGUGCUUCGAGUUCCUGCAAUUCUGCAUUCACUACGGCCGACACCUGCCAUUUCCGCGCCUCGAACACCUGACCUUGGACACGAAAUUGUCACUGCGUAAGUUGGAACUUGAGCCUGGGAAGCUGCACGACGCAUUGAAAGCCCUGCCCGCGCUUCGACACCUGGAGACGGACAGUUACGACUUGCGACUGUUCUUCGAGAAUUACUGCGUUCCACGUGGUCGGCUGUCCCUGUCCUGGAUCGGAUGCGUCUACUGCGAUGCUCACAAUCCAGAACUGGCUAGGAGAUAUAAAGAAAUGCUGGCCACCGUCGCAAACGAUUCUGUUCAGGCUAAGUAAGGGAUACUACUGAUCAGUGUGACGGACAGUCUGUAAAGUGACAGCGUUGCGCAAAUUUGGGUAGGAUGAGCCACCGAUGGAUGUGUUUUACCCAUCCUCGAAUCGUUCCCCGCUUGCGCUUACUUCCAAUGGGCACCUGUGAACGCUUUGACGAUCUCCGUGAACCGGACGUUUUCGCUGGUGAAACAGGAGAUGAGCAACAAUGUGUCACCAGGCCUUAAUAUCAUGACACAUUACAUAAUUUAUCCCUCGCGCAAAGUGCUUGUUCAGCAAACGUUUGACUUACGCCAUGCUUUUAUUUUUGAACAAGACGGGAGUGCUUUAUUUCUGUCAUGCACCGAAAGUCACGGUGGAGCGAAAGGCCAACAACCUGGCAAAAGCUUACAGAUAAUGUUUAAGCAGUUUGCAAUUCAAAGCUACAAUUUUCAUGUGUGGCAAGAGCAUGCCACUGAGAAAAACGAAAAUCUUACCUCAAGAAAUUCUUUAAAAUAUUGUAUACAAACAAACAAGAAAAAGAAAAACAAAUGCAAGCACAUUCUAGUUCGGAUAUUCAUCCGCAACUUCUGGCGCAGACUGAUGGAAGUACCGAUUGAGCAUGCAAAUAAAUGUCCUGGUAGGUCUAUUAUUAAUUACAUUCACUUUCUAGUAAACCAAUUCUGCCGCGGGACUUCGAUUUGCUGAUGGGAAAAUAAACCUCACAGGCUCGCCCAAACGAUUUAACACUUUGAGAAUUGGUAGGAGAGCAAAGCUGUCCCGUUGAUGAAUCUUGUCGUUGUUACCUUAUUACGCUGAUUACGUAAGGAAUACCACUCGGUGGCCUGCUCUGCUGCAGGUAUAAUUGUUUUUUUUUGUAAAAACUAGAAUCUUGUAUUCGUAAAAUAAUUCCCGCAAAAUAAUCUAUUAGAUGAUAUGAACGCUAGAAAGGUGUGAAUAAUUCCACUGAGGCUACACUUCUAAUAAAUCAAUGGAAAAGUAGAGGUACAAGUUAUGGGUAAGCAAAAAAUGUGUUCGAAAGACUGUGUAUAUGCCUCGAGCCAUGUUUGGUGUUUCCGCGAUUCACGGCGUUGCUCCGCUGAACCGCGGUGAUCAAGCGUCUUUUGAAUACCUUGCCACGGAUGAGUGUAAAUUGGUCCCACUGGUGCAAAUUCCGCCACUUUAAAAAUCCACAAUAUCUAUCCAAUAAUGACCGCUAUUCUUCCAGCAUCUUCCUAACGCCUUACAGUAGUAGUGUAGCCAACGUCAAAAUAGUUUCAACGUUCAACCUAUACAUAAGCUUUUCGGGAAAAGUGCGAACUAAUGGAAAUAGGAACUAAUGUAUGAAAUGGUAUGUAGCUUGCAAUAAUGGAAAGCAAUAACUUCCCCUGCGUUUUCAAAUAUCAGAUAUAAUAUCGAAAGUUUUCCUCAAUGACGUGAUGCAUGCAAUGCGCUUGCACAUUGUACCAGGAACACUUCAUUUAUACAUAAUUAUACUGGUAUCACUAAUAUUGCAUUGUGCAAUAUGGUAUGUCUACACUGUGCCUUUGAAUUUUCGAGUGCAUGUGCGCGUGUGUGAAAAAUGUUUGUUCGAUGCUAUUUCUUUUUUAUUUAUACCCAACUACACCUUAACGAAAAAUGUGUGCUUCAGUUAGUACUUCAAUACCAAUCAAAUGAGCGCAUGACUGACAGUAACGCUAAUCGACAUGAUUAAAUGUGUAAGUAGGGUUGUAUAUAUAUUUCAGUCGAAUAAAAUCUUUAUUUAUUCACAUUUGCACCGUAUUGGAAAGUAUUUGUAACCACAUUGCCAACAAUGUUGUUGG